AUGGAGGAUGAUGUUGGAAACGAGUCGUUUGAUUACAGAACCGAGCUUCUUUCUCCAGCCUUAUCAAAGCUGCAGAAUGGGACGAUGGCAGCUAGGGAACCCUCAUGGAGAAUCAAUAUGGAUCAGUAUCAUUUGCCUGAGAGGAACAUGCACUCUCAUUUUGGCUUUGGCUUCUUCCUCAACACAUUAAGGAGAGAAAGAAGACUUGCCAAGUAUUACAAUAGGCAGGAAAGGGUCCUGCAAGGCUAUCAGGAAGUGGAUUCAUAUACUGAAUUGGGCGUAUUACCCAAUAGUUUGACGGAGGAAGAGACAAAGAAGCUAGAGAGGGGAGAGAUGGCAGCAAUAUAUGCAUCAAACAUAUUCAACAUGGUGCUGUUUGUGGCAAAGUUGUUUGCUUCCAUAGAGAGCAGGUCACUGGCUGUGAUAGCCUCCACUCUGGACUCUCUCUUGGAUCUCUUGUCUGGAUUCAUUCUCUGGUUCACUUCUUAUGCCAUGAACAAGCCCAAUCUUCACCAAUACCCUGUUGGCAAGAACCGCAUGCAACCUGUGGGAAUAGUGGUGUUUGCAUCAGUGAUGGCAACUCUUGGGCUGCAAAUUCUGUUUGAAUCAGCAAGGCAAAUCAUGACAAAGGCUCAGCCGGACAGGGAUGAGGAGAAGGAGAAAUGGAUGGUGGGGAUAAUGGUAGGAGCGACGGUGGUGAAGGUAGGGCUGAUGAGUUACUGCAGGAGGUUCAAGAAUGAGAUCGUGAGGGCCUAUGCACAGGAUCAUUUCUUUGAUGUCAUCACCAACUCUGUGGGCUUAGCCUCUGCCGUUUUAGCCAUCAAAUUCUUCUGGUGGCUUGACCCUCUUGGAGCCAUCCUGAUAGCAGUAUACACGAUAAGUAACUGGGCGAGGACGGUGAUGGAGAACGUGUGGUCACUGAUCGGAAGGACGGCGCCGGCGGAGUACCUGGCCAAGGUGACGUACCUGAUAUGGAACCACGACGAGAGGAUAAAACACAUAAACACAGUGAGGGCCUACACCUUCGGCUGCAACUACUUCGUGGAGGUCGACAUUGUACUGCCUCAACACACUCCUCUUCCUCUCGCUCAUGACAUCGGCGAGACUCUCCAACAUAAGCUCGAGAAGCUCCCUGAGAUCGAACGAGCCUUCGUUCAUGUCGACCUUGACGCCGAUCACAAGCUCUCGCACAAUCCUCAGGCUCAGCCACAAAAUUAAUUUGGGGGAAAUUGAAGAAUGUUUGACCUAAUUAAUUCAGGCCCAAAUAACAAAAUUAUUCGUGGGCGCCGAUGCGUGAGAGAGCUAGUUUAGACUACAUGAGUUUGGCCA